CAGCCGCGGUGAGAAACGGGUCUUUGGUCUGGACUCAAACAACAACCUCCGAGUCCUCACGAGCUUUACGACGAGAAACUUCGGGAUUUAUUUGAGUUUUUCAGUUUUGUGACAGAGUUUGGAGCCACUUUGAUUUUGUUUUGGGAAGAAGGAGCAACAGUUAGAGACACUGAUUGUCCUUUAUCUCUGAGCAGUCGAGGACAACAGGCUCGCUCGUCCAUGUCGUCACAGCGGCAGCAGCACAGAGGCCAGCCGCUGCCUGCAGAGCCCAGGGAAGGAGUCUGAUCUCGGGCUGAGAGAUCCAGCUAAUGCCCCCAACACACACUGAGCUGGAACAUGCUAUAGCCACCUGACAGCCAAUCAAAAUGAUGGCCUCGGUGGUUGUCGGGGGCAACCGGAAGAAGUCCCUCACGUUGAGAGGGGUGGACCCGGAGACCUGCAUGAUCGUGUUUAAGAACCACUGGGCACAGGUGGUGAAGAUCCUGGAGAAACACGAGCCGGGUCGCAGCGGCACUGGUGCGCUGAGUUUCCUCUCUGGUCAUGCUAGCAGCAGCAGCAGCAGCAGCAGCAGCAGCAGUAGCGGCGGCGGCGGCUCUGGAGCGUUACGCCUCGGUCCCAUCCCGGCUGACGAAGCCAGCGCCGUCCAGAACUACGUGGAACACAUGCUCUUUCUGCUGAUGGAGGAAGAGGCGGGACAAGGAGGAGCGAUGGGUCCAAUCCUGGAGUUUGUGGUUCUGGAGGGUGUGAUGGAGAGACUGUUUCUCUGGAGCCUGAGGAGGCAGUUUACCGAGGACAUGAAGCUGGAGCAGCUCCGGAUGUACCAGAUGCUUCUGUCUCAGGCCAAACAGCCUCUACUGCACCAUAAACCUGUUCUACGGCCGCUCAUGAUGCUGCUGGCCUCGUGUGCCGGAGCUGGAACCGACAGCGGUGGUGUGGUGGAGGCGGAGCUUGUCCUCCUGUUGUACCAGCUGUGUGUGGCUCUGGUCAAGGAUCCCUCGGUGCUGGAACUGUUUUUCCACACCAGUGAGGACCAGGGAGCCGCCAACUUCCUCCUCUUCUCCCUGCUCAUACCAUAUACACACAGACAGGGUUCAGUCGGUCAGCAGGCCAGAGACGCUCUGCUGCUCAUCAUGUCUCUGUCGGCCUCUGAGCCCCGAGUCGCCCAUCACAUCGGAGAGAACACGUACUUCUGUCCUGUGCUGGCCACAGGUCUGUCUGGUCUGUACUCGUCUCUCCCGGCCAGGCUGCAGGUUUACAGCGAGGACUGGCACUGUCUGGACCAGGCCGACUGGCAACAGGUUCCAGCUCUCGUCCACUUCCUGCACUCGCUGGACUUCUGUAGUGCUGUUACCAAGGUUGCUCAUCCCUCCAUCCGGUCUCAGUUGCUGGGUUACAUCUACAACGGCUUCCUGGUGCCUGUUCUGGCUCCUGCUCUUCACAAGCUGACGGUGGAGGAGGUGAUGACCACAACAGCGUACCUGGACCUGUUCCUGCGCUCCAUCUCUGAGCCCGCCCUCCUGCAGACCUUCCUGUCCUUCAUCCUGCUGCACACGCACGACAACGUGCACAUACUGGACACGCUGGUCAGCAGGGUCAACACACCUUUUCAGUUGGGUACGGUGUCGCUGGCUCUGUUCAGGACUCUGAUCGGUCUGUUCUGUGAAGACGUCAUGCUGCAGCUGGUGUUCAGGUAUCUGAUUCCCUGCAGCCACCUGAGCAGGAAGCAACGUUCCUCCUUAAAGCAGAGAGACUGUUACUCCUCCAGCGCCGCCUCCUUCCUGCUCCUCAUGCCCUCCUGGUGCCCCGUGUACAUCCACAACGCCAACACACACUCGCACUCUGAGCACAUCCACUGGCCCAAAGGAGCAGAGCUGUCAGUGUCAGACAGCGUUGGCUACUGUCGAGGUUCAGACUUUCUGAUGGAUGUAAACUACCUCCACUACCUUUGGGACGCACGACAGGCCAUCGCCACCUCCCACAGGGCAUGUCGGCUGUGGUCAGCCCCGUAUGACGGGAUCAACCCUUCGUCUGAGGAGUACCAAUCGGACACACCAGGGGACGACGUGGAAGAUGAGGAAGAAAUUGUACAGCGAGUCAAGAGCGACUCCAUCUCCUCUUUGGUGAUCACUCCUCCCCCCUCGGCCCUCUCCCCCACCCCCUCCUCCUCAGAUACUAUCUCCAUGGGCAACCAGGCAGGGAGAGCCAGUUCGGCCCUGGAGCUGGAGUGGGACGACAUUUUUGCAGAUGACGAUCCCUCUUCGUCGGCGUUGAUAAACACAGGGCUAGCAAAUGGCGGCGUGACGGCCCCCCCUCCUCUACCUCCUCAACACAUCCAGGAAAUGCGACGCAGUGCAAUCAAGUUGGUGCAUGGCUCGUAUGUAGAAGAAUCCGAGUUUGAGGACGACGUCUUGGUUUACGAUCUAGUUGCCCAGAAAGACACAAAGGCGGCCCUUUUGGAGCGACUCAUGGCCGCAAAUCGAAGGGCACGUGGAGGAAGCACCUCAAACGGUCAGCGAGUGUCGACGGGAGUGUCGACAGCGACAAUAACAACAAUGUUAACGACAACAGGGAGGACGGUAAUGGAAACGGUUAACAGUAUUAUGACGUCAAGGAGGAGGAGUGAGGAUGGAGGGAAGGAAGAAAGAAGUAGGAGUGAAGAUUAUGGGAAGGAAGUGAGGUGGAGUGAGGACUGUGGAAAGGAGAUAGGGAGAAGGAAGGAGGAAGAAGAAGAUGAAAAAAACAGGACAGAUGUACAAGUGGAGCUGAAGGGAAAUCGAGUUUUCACCAAUGGGUUUAAUGGAAAGAAUCACAUCAUCGAAGAAUGUGAUGACGCUGAUGAAGACGCCCAGGUAUUUAAGAAAAGCUGCAACGUGAGUGACUUCGCAACUGUUGUCAAUCACAAGCAAACAACGCACCAACAGCAUGUACACCACAACACACAACGUCCCAAACCGUGUUCAGUGACAAACACUCUACCCAAUGGCCAUCAUCAAUCUGACCCUGUGGUUUCUGCAACCAAGGCCAAGCCUACAAAUCUACCCGGUAACAAAGUCGCUAAGAACGACGACUUCCUGUCCCAGUACCAUGAACUCAUGCUCUCUUUUGGGGUGGAGCCAGACUGUGACGACAUCACAGACAACAUCGGCACAUUUAGGAAGCGGGUCCGAGCGCUGAGGCAAAAACUGGAAGAGGAGGAAGAGGGACUCGGCAAAGAAUUAGGUUUCGGCUCCUCGUGGGAUGACGGAGAGGAGGAAGGAGAGGAGGAGGCGAUGGAGGAGGAAGACGAGGAAGAGGAAGGAGAGGAGACGGGGAGCAGCGGUAAGAAAGGCAGCAGUAGACACGGAGUUCCCUUUACAGGUCCGUUCAUAAGCGUCCUGUUGUCCCGGCUCGAGAACCUUCUGGAAAACUCCAUUGCAGUAAACCUGCUGGUGACAGGCAUCCUGGCCCAGCUGGCGUCGUACCCACAACCUCUGCUGAGAUCCUUCCUGCUCAGCACAGACACGACACACAACCAGCCCAACGUACGCACGCUGUAUCAGGUGUUGUUGUCGGUGCACGCUCAGAUUGAGCGCUACGUGGCUGCCAGACCAGACUAUCCGGCACUGGUCACUCAGGCCUGGAGGUUCUUGUUGGCUAAAGACCAGGACAGCAAGUUUAGAGAGUGCCUUGAGUCUCAACACGGCGACAUCAUCCUGGACCCUUCUCUUCCUAAUGGUUCUGUGAGGAACGCCCUGGCUUUGCCUCCUCUUGGCGUCUUGCCGCCCUGCCCUCCGAUCCCCCCCCAGGCCAAGAGCCGAGUGUUCGCCAUCGUCCUGUACGCCGAGUUCCUCAAGGAGCUAGCCGCCAUCGCCCAGGAGCACAGCAUCGCACUGGACUGUUCUGCAGAGGAGUAAUGGGAGUGUCUAGCUCUCUGAGAAUCUGCCAUCGAUG